AAUGGAGAAAACUUUUUUGGCAGUGGGUUUAAUGAUGUUGUUGGGAGCCAGCUUCUUCUUGGAUAAUACCUUAGAAGUAUCUGAUGAAACCAAUAAAGCAAGUCUUUUCAAUAAUUGGAAAACAAAGUAUAAUAUAUAAUAUCCAAACAAAAUUGAUGAGAGAUAUAGAUUAUAGGUUUUCAUUGAAAACCUUAACUACAUCAAUGCUUUCAAUCAAAGUCCAGAAGAAAAAACAUAUACUUUAGGAUUGAAUGAAUUUGCUGAUUUGAGUAAAGAAGAAUUUGCAGAGAUUUAUUUGAAACUCAGAGUUCCAAAUUCAGACAAUAAAGAUCCUAAAGACAAAAAUUUCAAAUACACAUAAGGAGCAAUCGAUUGGACUGAUGGAUCAAAAAUUAUAUACCCUGAUGUUAAACACUAAGGAAAAUGUGGUUCAUGCUGGGCGUUCGCCACAAUAGGAGCAAUUGAAAUGAACUCUCAAUUAGUUUACGAAAAAUUAUAUACUUUAUCUGAAUAAGAACUAAUUGAUUGUUCAGGACAAUAUGGAAAUUUAGGAUGCGAUGGUGGUUGGAUCGAUAAAGCAGUUGAAUAUGUUGCAAUGAGAGGUUUGUCUGACAUUAAAGAUUAUCCAUACACGGGUGUGGAUGGAGCCUGCAAGUGGAAUAGAAGAUCAUUCAUCCAUUUUGUAUCCACAAUUAGAAAAAAUAGUUGUGAAGUCUUAGCUUUUAGCGUCUCCUACGAUAUAAUUCCUGUCUAUGUUGAUGCCACUCUUUGGUAAUUUUAUAGUAAUUUUUUACAUUUAAUGAAUAGAAAAUGGAAUCUUAACGACAUGUGAUAAAAAUUUGAAUCACGCAGUUAUUGUUGUUGGUAUUUCAUCUGAUGGAGUUUGGAAGGUCAGAAAUUCAUGGGGAGCUGCUUGGGGUGAAGCUGGCCACAUUAGACUUGCAUAAGGUGAUACUUGUGGCAUUUGCAUUGCGCCAGAAAGUGUUGCCCUUCAUUGAA